GUAUAUUUAAACAAAGAUUCCUGUUCAAUAGAACUACAGAUCUUUGUCAGCGAUUACACAGAAAGAUAUGCAAAACUUCUAUCAAACACUUCCGUUGAAAUAGUUUUUAUUUAAAGUUUAGUUUGCCGACUUUAAUGUUUUCGUUUAAGUAAUAGUUUGAAGGAUAAGAAUAUAUACUGACAUUUACUUAAAACUAAUGCAAAGAAACGAAGGGGAUAUAUUGCAUGAAGGUGGCUGGCUUUCUUUCAUUAUGAUAUAAAGUCAUAUGCUAAAACUAAACAAAAGAAGAACAUUCAAAAUGGGACAACAGCAGGGAAAGUUUCGACAGAAAAAACUGAAAGGACCCCUUCUAAAGGAACUGCAAAAGAAAGUCCCGGGAAUGAAAAUAGACGAGAUACAACAAAGCUAUUUAGACUUCAGACGAGAAACAAAAGGAAAAGAUGCCCUAAAGAGAUCUGACUUUAUACGUGUUUACAAAAACGCGUUCGGAGAUAACGUUGGAUCUUUGGCAAACAGUAUUUUCGACGCUUUCGAUGAAGAUGGGAAUGGAACUGUUGACUUUGAGGAAUUUCUUAUUGGACUUAGCAUAACCGAAAUGUCAGCAAACACAGAUAAAGUGAGCAAAAUGAAAAGAAUAAGAUGGGCUUUUAAUGUGUAUGACAAGGACCGCAGUGGUACAAUUGAUAAAAGAGAAAUGAGGCAAAUAGUGAAGGCAGUUGCAGACGUGUCAGUUUUACCAGAGGAGGCUUUAGAAAAUAAUGAAUCACCAAAAAAAUUUGCUGACAGAUUGUUUAAAGAAAUAGACGUUAAUGGAGAUGGUGAAAUAACUUUUGAAGAAUUUGAAGCAGCAGCUGAGAGAAAUACGGCUUUGAUAGAAAUGUUACUACCAGUCCCUGAAAAUGAUUUAUAGUUUACAGUACUUUGUGUAAUGCUUUUAUACUUUGAAUCCCCUUGAUACCGAUACCAGCAUAGUUUACGAAUUCUAGGGAUAGCUCACACUCAUUAAAACAUGAGUACAGAAGAAAGUAUGGUCUUAAUUCUGAAAAGCUGUUUAAAAUGGUCCAUUUGUACGGGAUAUUCCAUGGUUCAUCCAAGUCUAUGGUUAACCUUAAUGUAUAUUCUAUACAAAUAUUUGAUAGUAGUGACGACUGCCCCCCCCCCCCCCCCCCCCCCCGAGGUUGUAAAAUACUUUAUCGGGAUAUGUUUUGAAAGAGUUCAGUCUUUAAACAAUAUCAUUGUGUAUUAUUGAAUAUGGAUAGAUUUUGUUGAGCUUUCAUGUAGUAUCUAAGCCUUUUGAAUAUAUGGGCAGCACUUGUGAUAGAGUCCUAUCAUUAUAUUGAAUAUUGAAUUCACUGAACUCGAGUCGGUGUAAACUGCUUUGUUUUUGAUUGAUUUUGUUUAUUCCUGUUCAUAGGGAAAUCAAUCUGCAUGUGAAAGUAAUACAAUGCACUAGGCGUCGUAGAAUGGUGUCUGUAUUGCAUUUCUAAUGAAAAAGAAAGGUAUGGAAAAGGUGAUUACGGCUAUUGAUUUUAUUCAAUAAAGACAGCCAACAUGUCUUUAAAACUUCUUUUUAUAAAAAAAAAAAAAUGCUCUGAUUAAAAAUGCAGAGUAUGUACUGACAUGUUAUAUUCCCGCAUUUUGUUUUUGUAUGUUUUUCGUAUAGUAUUCAAACAUAGUUGAAUUAUGGUGAUAA